AUGCAGUCUCCAAGGUCUCCCCUUCCAGCUUCCGACUCGGACGUCUCCCCAGCAUCGAUGGUGCCGUCGAAGCAGUCUCAAGAGGAGUAUUUCCCCCCGUCAGACGCCAGCGGUAGCCAGAAUUCGAUGCCUCUCACUUCUAGCGUUAGCGACGCUUCUUCGCGACGACAAUCGAAACUCAGCUUCGCCACUGCGCUGCCAAAACCCGACGGAGCCCCGUUGAACAAGACCUCGUCAGGCUCGUCGGCCACCAAGCGGCGUCCCCUAGGCGUGCAGAAACGAUCGUCUGACGGUCCCAAAGCGCGUCCUCCUUCUCCUCCACCACACACCAGAUUUGAGCGCCACGUUGGCUUCGACAAUGUGCCCAUCGGCGAAUCAUCCAAAAAAGUUCCAUCGUCAGUUGUACUCACUGUGAAGCACAAUGGAUACCAACCGCGUCGAAGAUCACGAACAUUCAUGGUUGGCCUCGACGAGAAUCCAUACUCAGAGUACGCUGUCCAAUGGUUGUUGGAUGAGCUUGUCGACGACGGUGACGAGAUUAUUUGCGUGCGCGUGAUCGAAAAAGACAUGAGACUCACCGAGAAAUCAUAUUACAGCGAUGCACAGCAAGUCAUGGAUAGCAUCAUGGCAAAGAACGGUAGUAACAGAGCCGUUGCUUUCAUUCUGGAGUACGCCGUGGGCAAACUACACUCUACUUUUCAGUCGUUAAUCCAGCUCUAUCAGCCAGCCAUGCUGAUUGUGGGCACCCGAGGACGAUCUCUUGGCGGCCUCCAAGGACUUGUCAACAAUCGCAACUCGUUUUCCAAGUACUGUCUGCAGUACUCUCCUGUACCCGUCGUCGUUGUCAGGCCCAGCGAGAAACGAAACAAGAAAAAGGCAAAGCGUACAAACGAUAAUUCGCGACAGACAUAUGUCAGCAUGCUAGCCGCCACUCACGGUAAACAUGAAGCCGACAGCGAGACCAGUAGUACCUACGAACUGGAGGUUCAAAUAUCACCCGACGAGGAGGCGCAUCAGGUAGCACAGGUUCUGGGGCUGCCUGCUAAAUUCGACCCAACCAUUAAGCCUCACCACGAGUCUGUGCCGCUGAGGUCGAAAUCCCCCGACGCGGCGCCCGGCCCCCGAACUAGUAUUGCGCGUCGCGUCGUGUCUGAUCCGAUGCCUUCUAGUGCUCCUCCCAGCGCUCCCAAUAGUGAGGAUGAAGAGGAUGACGAAGAAGAAGAGUUUGAGGUCAUGACGGGAGCGGAGGCACUGGAUCAACAGCAGAAGCUAGACCAGCUUCACAAAAUGGAGGCUAGCGAGGCAGCUGCUCUUAAGCAUGGAAUAAACGCGGAGGAAGAGGACGAAUCGGAUGAGGCCCAGGGGCGAAAUUCUGAGAGCACAUCCUAG